UGUUGCGUCAGAGAGAGUCACUUCCAGAAAUGGUUAAACUCGCGGGACUUAGGCACAAACGAUGGUUGAUAGCAUCGUCUUUCUCCACGCGCGUGACUGUAGGAACUCACGACGGAACCUUCCACUGCGACGAAGCCCUCGCCUGCUCCCUGCUUCGCCUCUCCAAACGCUUCUCCGCCGCUCACAUCGUCCGAACCAGAGACCCCAACCUUCUCCAAUCACUCCACGCACUCGUCGACGUUGGAGGCCUCUACGAUCCCUUCGCCACUAAGCUCAGCAGCGCUGGCCUUGUCUACAAGCAUUUUGGAUUGGAGAUAAUCGCAAACGUGCUUGGGCUUCACCAAGCCCAUUCUCACGUGCGCCACUUGUAUCCCGUUAUAUACAGAAACUUCGUUGAGGCGAUUGAUGCUGCGGAUAACGGAGUGAAUCAGUAUGACCUAGAUUUCCCUCCAAAAUAUGAAGUUAACACGACUCUGUCUUCUAGAAUAAAACGCUUGAAUUUGAACUGGAUGGACUCUGACCACUCACCUCAAAGAGAAAACCAGGCUUUUCGUCAAGCCAUGAAGUUAGCUGGAGCUGAGUUUUUGGAGAAUGUCAAGUAUUUUGCAAAGUCAUGGUUACCGGCGCGGACGAUUGUUGUCGAGAGUCUUGCAGCGAGGGAAAGUGUUGAUUUGAGUGGACAAAUCAUCAAGCUUAACCGGUCUUGUCCUUGGAAACUUCACAUACAUGAGCUUGAGGAGGAAAUGGAAAUCAAUCCUUCUAUCAAAUAUGUUCUUUACCCGGAUGAUAGAAGUGAGAAUUGGCGACUGCAGGCAGUGGCAAUUUCGCCUGCUAGAUUUGAGAGCAGAAAACCGUUACCAUUUCUGUGGAGGGGUUUGGAAAAUGAUAAGCUCUCUGAGGUUGCUGGAAUCCCAGGUUGUACUUUUGUGCACAUGAGUGGUUUUAUUGGAGGAAAUCGAAGUUAUGACGGCGCUGUAGCCAUGGCAAGAGCUUCUUUAAAGGCUUAGGCAAUGAUCCUCUUUAAACCAUGAGUAAAGACCACCUUCAAGAUGGAAGACAUUGGUAUAACCAUUAAGGACCAGCAAGUAAGCUGCUAUGAGAGACCUGUUAAAGUAUCAAGAUGUGACCAUUAGAGCAAAAUAUCAAUCAUUUGAAGAGUCGAUGGUAACAUAAUCACAAGUCAUACAAGAAGUGAUAUGCAACAUAUAGACUACAGCCGUAAGAAGAUGAUAUAUUGCAGACAAUCAUAUAGCUUCCUUGAUCUUACAUCCAUGCAAUCCAAGUUAUUAGCUGCAACUUACAUUUUGUAUUUUAGCCGUUGAAGAACUUAUUUGGGAUUGAGAGCUAAUUGCUAAUUGUGGUUGGAUUUGACUUGCUUCUUGUCAACCAUUCGUGUUGUUUUUCUUACUUUUAAACAUAUAAUAGCUUGAUAGAAUGGCUUACAGUGAUAUAAAUCUCAUUACUCUG